CUGUGCCCGUGUGCCGUGUCUCAUACAUAAUGUAUUGUCUUAAAAAUUGCGGAUUUUCAUAUCCUCAUACUAAUCUGAGUUACUGAGGGACUUCAUGUCAUACGUAAAAAUAGAGGGACCAGCAGCCUAAGUUAUAGUGUCUAGUCUAGUCUAGUAUGAUUCAAGUGUUGCAUUACUUUUGUAACUCCCGCUGAGUUGAGCUUCUUUUUUUACCCAACUUUUUAGAACGACAAUAAAACAGAGUUCAUGUGUCACGCACACCUGUUGUCGUUGUAGAUUACAAGACGCGAAGACAAAUUGCUGUCUCAGGGUGAACGUGUAUUUAUACAAUGUAUUUGUCAAAUAGUUUCGUUGUAUAAGUGCUGUCAGUUAAAAAUGGCGCACCUUUGGAAUUUUGGGCGUAGCAUAGUGCUUGAUGCCUGAAAUACUAUCGGGGUGAAACCUGUUUUAAUUUGGAACAUAUGCACCGUCGUUCUGUUUAGUAAACAUCCUGUAAAACUAAAUAAUAUACGAUACUGGGAACUGCAGUUGAGGGGAGAAAUGGUUCAGCCCUAUGUCUAACUGAGUGAUAAGUGUUUAAUACUGGCUGAAAAUGGGUCCUAGAAGAAAAACCAAUGCACAGCGUGAAGAAACCCAAGCUCAGUUUAUGCCCCUACGAAGACCGUCGGCAUACUCACACGAUAGUGUAGGAAGAUUUUCAGAACAUUUCUUGCAUGAUGACGUAUCAGUGGGUGGAUACAAAACAGCUAGUGACAAGUGCCGUGAUUGCAUGACGCGCAUCCCAUAUGCCACCCUCAUUGCUACAAUUAUGUGCAUUGUGGGAGUGGGUGUAUUUUGUGGAACCAUGUAUCGUGGUGCGACACUCAGCAUCUUGAUGUUCAAUGAAGUCUUCCAUCUUCGUCUUGGCUGGUUAGAAGCAGUGCAGAUGGUUUUUGUCAUAAUUGGAGCCAGCAUGGGUGCCCUUGGGCUUAUGAUUUUGUUCGUUGGCUGUUUGGCAACUGGGACGACGAGACACAAAGUUUAUCGUGCCUGGGGAGCACGUGUUGGGGGCCGAAUCUCUUGUGCAGUGUUCAUGAGUAUCACCUACAUCCUGCAGCUUGCCUGGGUGCUGAUGUUGUGUUUCCUUGUUAUAGUAACACUUAUUUAUACAAUAUUUUGGGCACUUUGCUCCAGCUCUCGGGUGCAGUUAAAUCAUCAGUGUAUUGAUUUCAAGCAAUUCGACUUUCUCUUUCCUCCAAAGACGCCCCCUGCAGACAUGGAAGUGUGUGAAGAUGAACUGAAACUGUUCUGCAAAGACUAUGUGGAACGUGCAGAAGUUAUGUUUAUUCUUGCGUCUGUCUCAUGUUUGUUGGUGAUCCUCAGUCUUAUUCAUUAUUUAAUGUGCCUUUCUGCAAAUUAUGCACACAUUCGAGAUCAUGAGAAAUUCCAGGAACUUCAGGAACUUCAAUAUCUGCAGGACCCUGAAAUGUCUGUUGCUGGAUCAAAAGACCGAUUCUAAGCUGCCAGAAUGCAGUUGAGCUGGGAUAACGUCUGACAUUUGCGUUUAUAAAAUGUUUAGUGUACUGUGUUGGUUUGUCUAAAGUGUGCCUGUAUUCAUACGGCAGGAAAGGGGACCAUGUGUACCUGUUGUGGAGAAUUAUUAUUAUGGUUAUUAUUAUUAUUAUUAUUAUUAUUAUUAUUGAUCAACUGUGUUACAUUUUAUGUUUCACACUGAUUAGAAUUAUCUUCCCAAACUUUUUUAUGACCACACAUGUAUCUUCAUUGUUCAGUAGCUACAGUUGUAACCGCAGGCCAAUUCUGCAAGAGGAAUGCCAUCUAUUUGUAACCUGAAGGUAGUUGUCAUCUCAUUGAUUAAGAGUUGUAAUUAUUUACACACUUUCAAAGUACUUGCAAAAUUAGGUUGAUAUUAAUGAAAAUGUUUCAGAUUUCAGUGUGAGAAGUGUUAAAUUGUCGUUUGAGAGGUGCUUUCACAAAUGUGAUUUCCAGUAUUGCUGUGUCCCUACAGAAUCCUGUAUCAUAUCAGUUGAGCAGGAAAAGUCUAGAGAGUUCACUCCCCCCCCCCCCCCCCCCUCCCCUCUCCCUCAAUAAAAUUUCUCUUCUGGUUCACUUCACAUUGCUUCAGUAUUUUAGGUAAAGUAAUAUAAUUUUAUUGUGCAAGAAAAAUGAGUAGUGUAAUGGUAAUUCUUUAAACAAAAAAAAAAGAGUACCUAAAAAGCUAUCAUUUUGUGA